AUGUCAGGAUUAUUUGAAUGGGCAUUUGGUAAAAAAUUAACACCACAAGAAAGACUUCGAAAGAAUCAACGAGCUUUAGAAAAAACUCAACGUGAAUUAUCAAGAGAAGUUACUAAAUUACAACAACAAGAAAAGAAAUUGAUUACUGAAAUUAAAAAAUCAGCUAAAACUGGUCAAAUAUCAUCAGCAAAAAUACAAGCAAAAGAUUUAAUACGUACAAAAUCAUAUAUUCAAAAAUUUAAUUCAAUGAAGGCUCAAUUACAAGCAAUAUCAUUACGUAUUCAAUCAGUUAGAUCAAAUCAACAAAUGGCAAUGUCAAUGAGAGAUGCAACAAGAUUAUUAAGUGGAAUGAAUAGGUCGAUGAAUUUACCACAAUUAUCAAGAAUAGCACAAGAAUUCGCCAAAGAAAAUGAUUUAAUGGAUCAAAAACAAGAAUUUAUGGAUGAUGCAAUUGAUGAUGCUAUGGCUUUAGAUGAUGAUGAAUUAGGAGAAGAAGAACAAAUUGAUGAAAUAUUGGGUAAAGUAUUGGAUGAAAUUGGUGUUGAUUUAAAUACAAAUUUGAAAAGUAUACCAAGUGGAAUAGAAACAAAGGAAGAAGAAAGAAUGCCACAAGCCGUUGGAGUAGAUGAAGAUGACUUACAAGCAAGAUUAG